CUCAAUUGAUCCAAAUGAAGUUACCAUAUUGCGAAGCCUGCUGAAAAAGCGGAAGGAAGUACUAAAUGUUGUGCAAGUGGAAUUUACCCAUUGCCAUCACCUCGUGCACAGAAUCAUGAGAUCAUUCAGUGUCGGUCUACAGACAUGGUGCCAUUGUUUUGUCUCACUCUCUUUCUCACCUGCCUGCCAUUACAAGGUGUUGCACAACUCCAAAGCUGUCUAUGGCAACCCAGCAAUGUGAUCGUUCGGGAGACGGGACAAGACGGCGAGAUCUGGUGCCGUGUCCAUACCAACUGCUCAGACAAGGGUCUACAUUACCAGUGGUUCACUUUCAGACGCAGAAAUCACAUUCGUCUCAACUUGGACGCCACAUCUCACAAGUACAGCCUCCAAGGAGCAACUUUACAAAUAAUGUCCCUAAACACCAACGACAGCGGGAUUUACUACUGCGCCGCAGUUUCCCAUGGAGAACCGAGACCUGGGGGUCAGCAUGUUGGAAUGGGAACAACUCUUGUUGUUAGGGAAAAGACCAAGCUCAUGGUGGGGCACGUUCUGUUGUGGUUAACAUUUGUCCUCUUGGUCAUCUACAGCUUGACAACAGUGACGCUUAUCGUUCAAAAGAAGUGCGGCUUCAAUAUAUGGACUUGUAGACGACUAUACAAAAGUGACAAGCAGAAGAGCAGCAGAAAUAAAACGACAAUAUUCCGGGAUGUGCUGCAUGAGAUGCGUCACAGACGUGAUUUGAAGAGAAGCAAACGGGCCUCCACGAGAAACCCCGCACCGGUUGAGGUAUGGUUGUAUUGCAGCAUGUUGAGUCAGGACAUAUUGAGUAAGCAUCUCAAAUGAGAAUUUUUUUUUUUUUUUUUUUUGGCAGACAACAGCUACAGAGUGGAACAACACACCUGACGACAUCUAUCAAAAUGUAUAAUUGUCUCUACAUAAGUGUAUUUCAGUUCUGACGUUUUUAGUGUAAUGUAAUGCAAAAAGGAACAUUAUGACAUAACUAAGAUAUUUAUGAAAGGGGCGUCCACCAAGCAGAAAAACUGAAAAUUAUUUUUACAAUAUGCCUUACAUGGCCCUGCUUUAACCCGUUCUUAAUUGUUUCAAUGGUUAUUUCUAAUUCCCAACAUAUCAUAUUUAAGUGACAAAUCCUAAAAACUCAUUGACCGUAUUGUACCUGCAUGUGUGUGACAAAGAAGAGAGCAAGAGUGUGAAUGGUAAUGUCAUUAUUUUUUUAAUAAAAUACUUUCUAA